AUGGGGAAUAUCGGGUGGGAUGGGCGCCAGGUGUGUCCUCAGGGCACUGGGCAGCCCUCAGGCCAGGCUCCCUGGACUCUGGUGGGUGAUGUGGUCACUCCCAAGGCAAUGCUUGAGACUGAACUGCACCCAGUCAGUGCCCUGGAGGUGAAGCAAAGACGUAAGGAAAGUAAACAUACCAACAAGUGGCUAAAGAUGUUUGCAGACUGGACAAAAUAUAGAAGCAGCAAGAAGCUGUCUCAAAGAGUGUAUAAAGGCAUUCCCCUGGCAGUGUGGGGCUGGGUGUGGUCACUCCUGCUAGAUAUUGACAAAGUCAAGUCCCAGAACCCAGGGAAAUAUAAGGUCAUGAAGGAGAAGGGCAAGAGGUCCUCCAGGAUCAGCCACCACAUCCAGCUAGAUGUCAGCCACACCCUACAGAACCACCUGAUGUUCAUACAAAUAUUCGGAGUCAAGCAGCAGGAAUUAUGUGACAUCCUCAUGGCCUCCUCUACAUAUAACCCUGAGGUGGGCUACCACAGGGACCUGAGCUGCAUCACCGCCAUCCUCCUCCUGUAUCUGCCGGAGGAAGAUGCUUUCUGGGCACUGACCCAGCUGCUGGCCGUAUUCUACAGCCUAAAUACUGCCCGGCUCGAGAGGCUCCUAUUGCACCAGGAGCAGGUGCUGCACAAGUCCUUCCCGAAGAUCAUGAGACAGCUGUGCAAGGAAGGGCUGUGCAUUGAGGGUUCCAUGCUGACGAGGCUCCUCUGGUGUUUCCUUGAUGGGAAAUCUUUCGGACUCACCCUGAGACUGUGGGAUGUGCUCAUCUUGGAGGGCGAGUGGGUACUGACGGCCAUGGUGCAUGCAUCAUUCAAAAUACACAGGAAGCACCUCAUGAAGCUUUCCUGGAGCAUCAUCUGGGAGUUGCAGGAGCGACUCUCUCAGAGCUGGGCCCUGGAGGACAACACAGUCCUCAGGAUCCUUCAAACCUCUAUGAAGAAACUCACAAGAAACCACCGGGACCUGCCACCCCCAGGUGGGCUCCAGCACCAGGUCCCCUCUGGAGUCACCCUCUGGGGCAGUCAAUGGUGGGGAGUGACGUGGCCCCAUCAGCCCUCCUACCUGGCCUUCCUCCUGCAUGUCUUCUUCCUCCUCUCCCUCCUCUAUUCUAAGAAAGUCAAAUGGGUCUGCCGGUCCUCAGGGCAGGUGCUGAGCACACCUCUGGGCCAUGAUCUCUCCGCACUGGCGCGGCUUUCCUUCAAUAAUUUCAUAAACUCCAGACUUCGUGUCUUUUGCAUGGAAAGCACGCGGUGCCCAUUUCAUGGACACCGCACCCCGGAGUCCAAACGUCAGCCCUGCGGGUGUGGGGUUUGUUGGGGACAAUUUCGGGCUCAGGUGCAGGGGGCGCUUCCCCAGCGCGGGCGCAUCCUGGGCCCCAUCUGA